AUGGAGAAUGACAUUCCGCUGAACAACAAUGAUGGACAAGGCAAUAGCCUCAACCCUGGAAAUGAGACAGUCCACCCGAACUGGCUCAACAACAUGGAAUGUUAUCAAGAUACUAUGGAGAACAACUGGCCGCUGAACAACAAUGAUGGACAAGGCAACAAUAGCCUAAACCCUGGAAAUGAGACAGGCCACCUCAACUGGCUCAACAGCCUGGAAGAAUACGAUAUGGAUGCUCUCAUGGGAGCCGAUGACCAUGUGAACAAUGAUCAGGAUGAGGAUGACGAGGAGCACAACCUCCAGGGCGCGGAAUCAUCGUCCAAGCGUAGCGGGAAACGCUUCACUGCAGAGCAGAUUCUAGGACUCGAAUCUUUGUACCAAAGGUGUCCCCACCCGGAUGAUUCAACGCGUAAGGAUCUUGCUGCCAGGAUUGGGUUAGAUGCAAGGCAGAUCAAGUUCUGGUUCCAAAACCGACGCAAUAAGGUUAAGGUGAAAGCAGUUGGAGAUGAGAACAAGGGCAUUCAGCAAGAAAAUGCUCAGCUGCAGGUCGAGAACAUGGAACUCCAGCAGAAACUGCUAUGCGGCUCAUGUCGUGACCCAAACGAGAAAUGGCACCUGCUCAAUGAAAAUGCAAAGCUCAAGGACACGAAACGGCGUGCGCAAGACUACCUGAUCAAGCUCAUCCACGUUACAAAAGUUCCUCACUCUGAGACACUGGAGCAUCUGGAAUCAGCUGCCCUGAACCUGGUGCCAUUCACCGAUGAUUGCAGCACUGACCAGGACACACUUGUCUCGUACACUGAACGUGCCUUGUAUGAGUUUGUGAUGUUAGCAAGCAAGGGUGAGCCGAUGUGGCUGCCUGCCACCAAUGGCAAGAUCCUAAACGACCUGGAGUACAAAGACCAUACGUUCCCGGGACUACUUGGGCCCUGCCCACAGGGGUUUGUCAUGGAGGGAACCAAGGGGACUACCUUAGUCAGGGGAAAUGCCUUUGACCUCGUCGGCCUCCUCAGUGAUGUGACACGCUGGUCCAAUAUGUUCCCUGGUAUCAUACAAGGUGUAAGGGCUAGCAAUAUUGUCUCCGGUGGCAGUUUCACUUCCCUCGACGGGCUAAUUCAGAAGAUGAAUGUCGAUCUGUGGGUGCAGGCACCACGCGCACCAAACCGCAGCCUGAAGUUUCUAAGGUUUAGCAAGCGGAUUGAAAACAACCAGUGGGCUGUGGUGGACGUGUCCAUGGAUGGCAUCCGUGGAAUUGAACCAGAUGGCAGGCGAAUUGGGUACAUGAGCUGUAGGUUGCUGCCCUCUGGCUGCCUCCUUCAGGACAUGAGCAAUGGCCUUUGUAAGGUCACAUGGAUUGUGCAUGCAGAGUACGAUGAAGCCUCUGUGCCACCGCUCUUCAGACAAUUUUUCCAGUCUGGGACGGCUCUUGGUGCAAGCCGUUGGCUCGCGUCCCUCCAGAGGCGGUGUGAGUACAUGGCUAUUAUGCACUCCAGCCAUUCCUCAGGGGCAGCCAUGUCGCCGCUGGGAAGAAAUAGCGUCUUGGAGCUGUCCCAGCGGAUGAUGGCGAGCUUCUAUACUGCCGUGUCGAAGCCGGUCGCUCCGCUGGAUCCAAGUAACAUUGUCAACGAGUGGCGUGGUAUCUGUAACAUUGGUACCAAUAUGUUUGAGGCAACUGUGCGCAUGGUUUUACAUCAAAUGAACAGCAACAUGCUGAUCCUGCAAGAGGCAACCAGCGACUUGUCAUGCUCGCUGCUGGUUUACAGCUUGAUUGAAAAGAAUAUGAUGCGCGCUGUCAUGGAUGGCGGUGACAACACCACUGCCUUCCUUCUGCCCUCCGGAUUCGCCAUCCUCCCAGAUGGUUAUGUCAGCUAUGCUGCUGCUGCUGGUGGUGCAAGCUCCUCCAACGUUCCCAACACCAGCCAAAACGGUUCUGCAGGAUCUCUUCUUACCGCAGCCUACCAGGCAUUGUUGUCCAGCUCCGCAGACCAUGCAGCGUGGACCAUGGACGACGCUGGAAACCGUAUCUGCCAUGCGAUAAGCAAAAUCCUGGCUGCCGUUGGGGCUGAUAUUGCUAUCCCGGCCUGA